AUGGAGACGCGGCACCUCCUGCGGCCGCUGAGCAGCCUCUCAAGCUCAACCACCACCACCGCAACCGCAUCCGCCAUGUCUUCUUCCACGUCCCCCUUCACGCGAUCGAUAGUAGCAGCAGCGACAGGCCGCCGGCACCAGUCCACAACCUCGCGCACCAAGAAGAUGCUCAAGAUCCCGCCGCACCCGGACUUCCUGACGCCGCGCGAGGGCGAGAGCCACAUAAUCUACAACCCGCCCUCGGCCGCGCCGUCGGUCUACCACACGCCCUUCAAGUUCCUGCCCAAGACGGACCCGCGCCGGCAGGCGAACCUGACGCAACUCAUCCGCUCGUCCGCCGACCUCUCUGGGCCCUCCGCCAACGCCAACAACCUCCCGCCGCCGUCGACCAAGAGGGAGGGCGCGCCCAAGAUGUACAACGUGACGCGCGAGCAGGUCGACGAGAUGCGCACGCUGCGCGCCGAGGACCCGGCCAAGUGGAGCGUGCAGAAGCUGGCCGAGAGGUACAAGUGCUCGCAUCUGUUCAUCAUGAUGUGCUGCAAGGCCGGCCCAGAGCACAAGGCCCAGGAGAGGGAGCGGCUCGAGGCCAUCAAGGCGCGGUGGGGUCCCAUACGGUCGGGGGCGCGGGAGGAGAGGAAGAAGCGGAAGGCGUUGCUGUUCAAGGGCGCUAUAUAA